GAGAAUAAUUAAAACUAAGAGAGAAUUUUUAUUAAAUGACUAUCUUGUGUUUUUCAUGGUGUCAUCUCAGACACUCUCUUGAACAAAUUUUUUCUGCUUUGGAUGAUUUCACCCUCUUCCACUCACAUUCUGCGUUGGUUUGAGACACAUUCUUCUCCACCCAAAUCGACAAUGCAGCCAUAUGAUGGCAUCUUUAUCAUCAUCUAGCUCCCUCCUAACUCAGCUCAACCUCGUUUCAGGUGUGCAGAGUCAGAGCAAAGACAAACAACACAAGAACAAGAGAAGAAGCUGGCACAUUGUAAAGUCUAGGACGAUGAACACACUGCUGCUUGCACUCGCUUUUUCAGGUCUGACUGUCAUAUCUACAGAGCUCUAUAAAGAGUACCACUAUGUGAGACUUUUAAAGACCUGGGCUGAUGCUCAGAGUUACUGCAGAGAGAUGUUCACUGACCUCGCCACUGUUGAGAACCAAGAUGACAACAACAACCUGCUCAGUGUGAUCCAGGGCAGUGGAGAAAAUGCAUGGAUAGGGCUUUAUGAUGACCUGAUCAGAUGGAAGUGGUCGCUUGGAAAUGCAGACUUUAAUGACAAUGUAGAUUUCACCAGCUGGCUAUCAGGUCAGCCGAACAAUGGAUACUCCAACCAGUUUUGUGUUUUUAUGACCAGCAAUGGUCUUUGGAAUGACUACAGCUGUUCAGCCAAAUUUCUUGCAGUUUGCUUUGAUGAAAAGGGUCCUCCCAUGUAUCAUAUAGUGAAACCUCAGAUGACUUGGGAUGAGGCUAGGAACUACUGCAGGAGCUCCUUCACAGAUCUCGCAAGUGUGAGAAACAUAUCAGAGCACAAUGAAAUCCUCUCACUGCUGUCAGCAAACACCUGGUUCGGUCUCUACAGACAUCCCUGGUCUCACUGGUCUGACCUGACCCCCACCAACUUCACUAACUGGAAUUACGGCCAGCCUGACAACAGCGGCAGCACCAUUUCAUCAUGUGCUCUUGUCAGCCCAGCUUCAGGAACAUGGUUCGAAGCUAACUGUGGUGAAACACACUAUUUCAUCUGUCAAGACUUUCGUAGCAGAAGAAAAAGGUUGAAUUUAAAGUUCCAGUCUGAGGCUGACCUGACUGAUCCCAGCAUUCAGCAGCAGCUCUUAGAGCAGCUUAAUGAGAAGCUGGAGACAGAUGGAUUAUCAGAGUUUAAACUGCGCUGGACUCAGGCUGACGGGCAGACCUUCCACAAGGAGCCAAAGAAAGAAACACAAGACUGAGCUGGUUAAGAGAGGACAUCGUGGUCAACUGAGUUAACAUCUCACAACUGAAAUGAAAAUGACUGACCUGCUACUGAAACCAUUUUCACCUUUAGAAACACAUUUUACGCAUUGAAAUCAAACGCGCAUUUCAUUUUAAUGUAUUUGUACUGUACACACUAACAUCCAAUAGUAGUAUAUGUUAGUGUUCACAUGUUAGCUGUGUCCCAAUUCCUUGGCCGCAUCCUUCGGAGGCCGCAUUUGAAGGCCGAUUACAUCACAGCCAGGCGACGAAGGCAGUCCCAAUUAGAAGCCUGCUUCAUGACCAAUGCGUCCUUCAUUUGAAGGAUGGGUCGGGUGUAUCCUUUGUGGCCCAACCUAUCCCAGAAUUCAUAGUGUGGCUCAGCCAAUUCCAAUUUCCAUCAAUGGCGGCAGCUACUUAGAUUUAAUAUUACUCUUUCUAG